AUGUUCUCUAGAUCAUUCUCACCGUUCAUACGAAGAAAUUUGAGCUUUCAAACCGCUCCAAAAGGUACCAGAUCCAUCUCAGCAUCUUCUAUAGUGAAGAAGUUUGAUAAAUCAAUGCUAUAUCCAACUAUGCUCGUUGUGCUCUUAGGUUCUCAAAUUAUGAAUGUUAUGAACAUUCAAACUUCAUGUGAAGAUAUGGAAAGACGUUAUGAUUUGAAAAUAUCCAAGAUUGAUGAAUUAAUUGAAAGAAUUUCUAAAGGUGAAAAAAUUGAUGUUCAAAAGGAAAUGGAAUUAGUUAAUAAAAGUUUUGAACGUAAGGCAAAUAAAAUUAAUUUAAGAUCAACUUCUGAUAAAAUUGGUAGACAAUUUGGUAAAACAAAUACAAAUACAAAAGAUUUAGAAUUUGAUGAUGAUUUGAAAAUUGAUGAUGAAUUAACUGAUGAACAAUUGAAUAAAUUAUUUAGUUUUGAUUCAGAUCCAACAAAAAUUCAUGAAAAAGUAACACAUAGUAAUAGUAAUAACAAUUCAAAAGAUUCCAUAAAGACUUUAACUGAUGAAGAAUUAAAACAACAAAUUCAAAAUGAAAAAGAUUUAUUAAAUUAUAAAUUAAGUCCUGAUAGACAUGUCUUGGUGGAAAAUCCAGGUGAUUAUGUUGAAGCUGCAAAAGAUACAAAAGUAUCUGGUUUCCUAUAG